AUUGGGGGGCUCAUCUGUCCGGGGACGGGAUCUUCAGUUGUGGAAGACUCUCUGGUAGUGGGUAAGUUGAGGUACACGUGUCCACCAGGACAGAGACUCAACUCCGACUACCUCCUCUGCUUGAGCUGCGAGCGAGGGCACUUCUCCUCUGAGACUGAGCGUUCUCGGAUUGUAAAUGGAGUCAGUUUCAGUGAGAGUGUUCCAGUGUGUGAGAGAUGUCCACUCGACACUUAUGCCGAUGCUCUCGGGAGCACCACCUGCAGCCAGUGUCCCAAGUACCACACUACCUCAUUACCUGGAGCUUCUUCAGUCAAUGACUGUCUGCCCCAGCAACUGGUGCUGGAGUGUGAGGCUAGGACCACCAGUGGCACAUUGACAUUGACUGCAAGACCAACAGACCUCCUCAGACCACCCUCUGCUCCUUCAAUGGUGGACUCAAAACACCAGUAUGACGAGGGAUUCCAAGCAGAGGCAACUGUCCCUUACUUCCUUGAAGAAGACUCCAAACCCACUGCCUCAGCAGCAGUUCCUCCACUGGUGGUGGCGUUCAUCGAGGACUCUCCUCUUGUCCAAGGAGACUCUGUAGAGGCCCACAUCCUUCUCUCACGACCUGUCCAGUCUCUGGUAGCUAGUGAUGAGUUGUGGUGUUCCGACUGCAGGCUCCAGUCCAGUGGUGAUGAGUGGGUUGAGUUCUGGGAGACAUGUCCUGAAGGUGGUACCCACUGA